AUGCAACACGCCUAUUACCUGCCAUGUACAUAUAUAAUUUUAUUAAUAGCUGAUGAUGGACGAGGCGGUGACGGGGCAGAAAGCUUACGGGAUGAUCCCCGCGAAGUAGAUUUCUCGAAACUUGACGAGAUACGGGGCAAUGACGAGGCAGGCAGUCUACGAGUAGAUGCUCGCGAGGAAGCUAAAGAUAGUCCAACGCCCAUCUCUGGUUGA